AUGGAGAGUUCAGGCAGUGUGGUAGGUAACCCUUCUAUGGAGGUGCUUCUACGGGUGCUGGCGGACAGGCAGCAGCAGCAGCAGCGUGUCAAGGCACAGUAUGAGCAAAAGCUGCAAAAUGUAGUGAAGCUCACGGAGUCUCUUCUGGUGUCCUGUGGAGAUGGCAAUCCGAAAGUGGAUGUUCCAAAACUUGAUGAGGUUCUUGGUGGUGGCCUGCAGGUGAUAGAGCGGGAGGGUCGGACUUAUGCGUUGGUUCCUCUCGAAGAAGUACCGUCUGGACAAGGUGUAGAGCGGCAGCGGCAGCCAGAGCAAAGGAAAAACAAAGGGAAACGAAAGAAGAAGAACCAGAUUGCAUGUUCAUACUGCCAUGAGAUUGGCCACACACGAGGGGCAUGUGAAAAGCGGUUAUUGAAUCUGGGGUCUCGGUAG